GGUUUUGUUUACACUGCAGAUUCAGAGGACAACAGUCUGCAGUCGAGUCUUGACCUGCUGACUUUUCUGUCUCCCCAAAACAUUUGAUUAAUAAAAACAAAACACAAGAGCUUUUACACACAAAUGGGGACCAGUUGGUUUGUAGUUUGGAGUGUUUGGAUCUUCUUGUGUCAGGCUGCAGCUGCAGAGGAAUCACCAUGUCAACCUGGAUUUGAGUCAGAGAUGUUAAAAUUAAAAGUGAGCAAAAAAGCCCUGGAGGAAGGCACAAGACUCGGCAAAGUUGGCUUUACUGACUGCACGGGCCGCACACAGUUUCUCUUCAGCACAGAUGACAGCCAUUUUGUUGUAGAGACUGAUGGAAUAAUAACUGUAAAGAGACAGGCUGUCCUUCAUGAGGGGAACCAGAACUUCUCGGUCCAUGCCUGGAACUCACAAGGUCAGAAAAUGACUCUUCCUGUCAGGCUGCUGUAUCAAGAUCAUCACUAUAUGAACAACCGUCUGGAUGCUGAUUUUCAUCAUGAGGCUCAUAAACUCAACACCCAGCUUCAUGAUCACCUGGACUCUGACAGGAAUCAGCAGGAUCCAGCUGGUCCUCAGAUCCCAGUCCUGGAUUUCAUCAAAUCCAGCCCAGGACAGAAGAGGAGGAAGAGAAGCUUUGUUGUCCCUCCCUUAAACAUUGUUGAGAAUCAUAGAGGACCUUAUCCGUUGUUUUUUGCUUUGAUCCGCUCUGAUAGGGAUAAGGUGAUGCGGCUCUAUUAUAUGAUCACUGGUCCUGGAGCAGAUGAGCCUCCUGUUGGUCUUUUCACCUUGGACAGAGCCAAUGGUCAUCUGUAUGUCACAGAGGAAGUGGACAGAGAGAAACAGGACAAGUACAUGCUUAUAGCUCAUGCUAUGACACAGGGAGGUGAAUAUGUAGAGGAGCCUAUGGAAAUCAUAAUCAAUGUAAUUGACCAGAAUGACAACAAACCUAUUUUCAAUCAGUCCAUCUAUAUGGGAGAAGUUCCAGAAGCCUCACAAAAAGAUUUUGAGGUGAUUCAGGUUGUGGCCAUGGAUGCUGAUGAGCCAAAUACUGAAAACUCUGACAUCUGUUACCGUAUAAUGCGUCAGAGGCCAGAGCAGCCCGGUCCCAACAUGUUUAUCAUCAACCCAGUUACUGGAGUCAUCACAGUCAAUGAAGCUGGACUGGACAGAAAGAAAAUCCCUCAAUACACACUGGAAGUACUGGCAGCUGACAUGAAGGGAGAAGGUUUGACUGGAUUUGCCACAGUGAUCAUCAAGGUGACGGACGGCAACGAUCACGCUCCGGUCUUUACAGAACCUUCUUAUAUGGUCACAGUUGAAGAGAAUAAAGUAGACGCUCUAGUUGUUAAGAUGUUGGUGACAGACGGUGAUGAGCCUCAUACCAUGGCCUGGGAUGCAAAGUUCAAAAUUAUUGAUGGAGAUCCAGGAAAUCUGUUUACUGUGGAAACAGGAACAAACAAACAAGAAGGAGUCAUCACUGCUGCUAAGGGUCUGGACUUUGAGAGAACCAGUAAUCACACUCUACUGGUUACAGUGGUGAAUGAGGCUCCUCCUUCUGUUCCAUUGGUCACUUCCACUGCUACAGUGCUGGUGACUGUGCUGGAUGUCAAUGAACCUCCCAUCCUUGAAUCAGAAGAGACGCAUGUGUCUAAAAGUGAGGACCUUGCUGUGAACAGCCUUGUGGUGAAGUACACAGCUUCUGAUCCAGACUCUGCACGCAAACAAAAAGUCAUGUAUAAACUAAUCAGUGACCCAGCCGGCUGGCUUGACAUUGAUAAGGAGACUGGUGUGAUAACAGUGAGAAACCAAAUGGACAGAGAAUCCAGCUUUGUUAAGAAGGACAUCUACACAGCUCUGAUUGGUGCAUAUGAUGAUGAUCAGAUCCCAGCUACAGGAACUGGAACUCUGAUCCUUACACUUAAGGAUGUCAACGACAACGCUCCCAUUAUUGAAGAACGUUCUAUUAUAGUGUGCAACAAGAAACCAGCUCCUCAGCUGCUGACUGUAACAGAUAAAGAUGGACCAGGCUUUGCUUCUCCAUACAGCGUGAGCUUACGUGAUUCUGCUAUGGCCAACUGGAUCGCUAGAGUGAAUGACGCCAGAACAGCGAUUAUCCUGACUUUGAACCGUGAGCUAGAGAACGGAAAUUACGCUGUAGUCAUGACUGUUUCAGACACCUCUGGUCUGUCUCAGGUCAGUACAGUCACAGCUGCAGUGUGUGACUGCACUGGAGAAGAAGUGAACUGCCAGAAGAAAAAUGUUGGUGGCUCCAACCCGCCAGUCAUCCUGGGAAUACUGAAAGGCAUCCUAAUGCUGCUGUUCAUGCUGGGGCUGCCGUUCUUUCUGUUUGUGAGGCGAAGGAGAACCGCAGAGGAACCUGUUGAAUUCAACGAUCUCAACAACAAGUUUGAGGAAGAGAAGAUGGAGGAGAGAGAGAACCUUCAGGGAGGCGGUUUCAAGUCGCAAGACCCGGAAUAUGACUAUCUGAAUGAAGAGGUUCCCCUUUAAAAAACUGCCUGAUAAUAAAGAAGGAGAACAGGAUGAAGUCAUAUUGUACAUGCUUGGUGUAUUUGAAGAUUAAUGAGAUUUUUUUAAUGACUGCUUUUAGUUUAAUUCCAUUAGUUAUACAUUAGCUGUUGCUGAAAGAUAAAAUAAGCUGGGGUUUUUUUUUGGUUUUUUUUACUUCUUUUGCCUUUUGGUCAGAGAGCUUAGUUUUGCAGGCAUUUUAAAGAUGACAUUUAUAUUUCUGUUUUUCAAUACAGAAUUGGUAAAGUCUGUGCAAAACUUUUAAAUUUUGUGUACAUCUUUGGUAUUCUACAGUUCAGCCCAAAAUUAUUUAAACAUCUCAGAUUUAGCUCGAGUAAUCUUGAAAAUUCACUAAGAUGCUUUUUUGUUUGUUUGUUUGUUUUGGAAGUAAUAUUACUUAUUAACAUUUUAACAUCAUGUUGUCGUUCUAACAGUAAUCUGAGAGAAUUUUGUGAACAGAGCAAAAAUGAGGGUGAUGGUAAGGAGGCCUUUCAACCUGGUAGGCUUGGAGUUCAUUACAAUAAAACAGCAAAAUACAGUAAAAAGAAAUGCAAAAGCUGAUCAGCAAUAUAAUAAGGGUUUGAUUGCUGUAAUCACAAUAAGGAUUUUAUUAAUUACUAAAGAAAGUAAAAAAACUUUUGUUGACACCAACUUCCUGAAAAAAUGAAUUCUACUUUCUACUGUUGAUAAAUAAUACCUAUUACAUUGUUUUAUUUUCUUAGAGGUGGCUUUCUCAUUUACAAUCAUUUCUUAAUUAUAAACAUUAUGAAUCAACCAGGAGUAUGAAUAAUUAUGGGCUUAACUGUUGCUAGACCUUGUUUGCUAGCCAAAGAUGCAUCACCCUAAGUUUGAAGAAUUAACAGUAAAUGUCUGCAAGAUGUUGAACAUUGCGAUGUUUUACUGCUUUGCUAAAUUGUAAUGCAAUCAUUUCUGUAAAUAUCAUGCUAAAAUCCUUUUGGUGUUGGUAGUUGUAGUUGUGCAUAUUUUUUCAUACUUUUUCUUUUAACUCUGGUUUGAGAACAGAGCAGCAACAGAAUGUGUUUUAUUCCAAGGAUGUCUUUUUAAUGCUAUGAGCUCGGAAAGCAAAAAUAUAUCAGUAUAUCACUUUA